GAGAGAGGGAGAGCGAUGGCAACGAAAAAGGCGUGCGUGGAUGCGCCCAAAAGGAGCCGGAGUCCGGUCGUGUUGGAGGCGGAGAUGUUCAGUGAAUUUCAGGACUGGUGUCUCCGGACUUAUGGAGACUCCGGUAAAACAAAGACAGUCACCCGGAGAAAAUAUAAUAAAAUCAUGCAGACACUGUUGCAGAACGAGGAGCCGGAUGGCGUUUAUGUCGACAACAGCCACAUCAACGCCAAAUUCAAAUUUUGGGUGAAGUCUAAAGGAUUUCAGGUCGGGAACAACGUUUUGGGAGAACACAACAAGAAAGGAGCUCCAGGGAAACCCGUUCUAUAUGUCCCAGUCAAGUCAACGUGUUCAGAUGGGAGUUCAGCCCAAGAUAAUUCCUCCCUAAAGCGUGUUGCUGUGGUUGAAGACUUCUUUGACAUCAUCUAUGCCAUGCAUGUAGAGAUGGGCGCUGACCCUGGCAGAGCACCCAAACAUGCAGGCCAAAAGAAGACGUACAAAGCGAUCGCAGAGACCUACGCCUUCCUGCCCAGAGAGGCGGUGACUCGGUUCCUAAUGAGCUGUGGAGAGUGUCAGAAGAGGAUGCACAUCAACCCCAGCACUGCAGAGUUCAAAGAAAAUGACAGACCAACCUCACUGGUCCCGGACCUCAUCGAUUAUAACAUGCCUCUUACUGCCACCUACCUGAAGCAAAUGAAACUGCAGUGCAUGACGGCCCCAGAGAGGGAUGACAGUUCAGUGAGCAGUGAGGACAUGAACAGCGCUGAGCCCACGUGGGUCGCAGCUGAGCAGCCCCCAGUGCCUGAGCCCAGUCCACCUAACGGGGAGCGGGUCAACAACCUGACAACCGCCAUUAAAGAGGAGGACGAUGACGAUUCAUCAGACAGCGGAAGCGCCAAUGGACUGCCAGCCCUGACCUCGCCGGAGGUGCUGGCUGCGGGUGGGAACCCCCCAGAUGGUGGGGCCCCUUAUGGGGAGGUGACAGAGAACGGGUUGAGCGCUCCCCUGGACUUCAGCACCACCUCAUCCUCGUCCUCCUCAGAGGAUCAGCAGCCAGUCAAUCUGAGCGACAGACUGCUGCCUGUGGGGAGCUCACCGCCAAAUUCAUACCCUGCAGACCCCAACAGAAAGUUUCCUAUGAAAACAGAGUACGCCAACAAGUCCCCUCCGUACAGCUCAGGUAGUUAUGACUCGGUGAAAACUGAAAUGAGCAUGAGCGUAGAGGACUUGACCUCUGGCCGGGCACAGAUAAUUGAUGACGACGAUGACGAUCACGAUGACCACGAUGACAGCGACAAGAUCAACGACGCUGAGGGAAUGGACCCCGAGAGACUCAAAGCCUUCAAUAUGUUUGUGCGUCUGUUCGUGGAUGAGAAUCUGGACCGCAUGGUGCCCAUCUCAAAACAGCCCAAGGAGAAGAUCCAGGCCAUCAUCGAGUCUUGUAGCCGCCAGUUUCCCGAAUUCCAGGAGCGUUCCCGCAAGCGCAUUCGCACCUACCUCAAAUCCUGUCGCCGCAUGAAAAAAGGCGGUUUUGAGAUACGACCAACACCUCCUCACCUCACCUCUGCCAUGGCUGAGAACAUCCUCGCUGCUGCCUGCGAGAGUGAAACCCGAAAUGCUGCCAAGAGGAUGCGGCUCGAUGUGUACCCGUCGACGGAUGAACCUGCCUCUGUUGACAAACCCAACUCCAGAGACCCGUCCUCUGUGGCUCCGUCGGGUUUUACACUUUCCAGCACAGCUUUUGCCCAAGACCAGCUCUACACCAAUGGAGGCCUCAACUACAAUUUACGGGGAUAUGGGACAGUCGGCAGCAACCAGCAGAACACCGGAGCUGCACAAACCAAUGGUCCUACAGAUUUGAGUAUGAAGUCAGUGGGUCCAAACUCCUCCUCCUCCAGCGCCAACAGCCACGGUCAGGGUGGCGGAGGGGGUGGGGCUUCGGCCCAGCUCAGCCCGCCGGAGGUCACAGCAGUGAGGCAGCUCAUCGCAGGGUACCGGGAGUCCGCGGCCUUCCUGCUCCGCUCAGCAGACGAGCUGGAAAACCUGAUCCUGCAGCAGAACUGAACUGGGCCGAACUGUGCCAACACCUUCUCUUAGCCUCUUCAUCUCUAUCGCUCUCAGUCACACGUUUGGGCAGACUUUGAAAUCAACACAGAGACACAGAUGUUUGUGAGUGAUACCGCAGCGCACAGUGGGUCCCGUAGGUACGGAACCUUAACUUAUUCCCACUAGAUCAUGUAUUUGAAAGGGUCACAACAUAUCACAGGACGAAAAAUGUUUAUUUAUGCAUUUGGUUCACUUUGAUCUUAGUGCCCUGUUAUCUGUAGCCAUUCAUCCCAUUCAACUCAUUUUACCACUUCAACCUCCAUUCAUCUCAGGAAGCGAUGAUCUGUGGGACAUGAGGAAACAACUACCAGAGGUGUUAACCCUACAUUAGCUUUGACCAUGACUCUACAUAGCUGUGCAGAUAAAUUAGUAGUUGCAGAGGACUAAUUCAGUGCCAUUACUUACUUUCUAUUUUUACAUAAAUGUAAAAUAUUCUGUACAGUGACGUGAUUUAAUUGGUUUGUCUGAAACAAGUCUGUUCUAAACAGAUGUUGUAGUUCUAAAUAUCUAUUUCCAAAUUUACUGAUUUUUCACAAACAACAUUGCAUUCUCACCGAUGAAUUGCUGCUAAAAACACGUGGCAGCUUGCCACUGACCUGUUAACCUCACAACUAUUUUAGAUUAUGCUGACCUGUAAACGCAAAAAUCUAGAGAAAAGAUGAGACAUCCUAGAAGGGCUUGACAGUUUUCAGCAGAACAGAUCUGUCGAGUCGUGUGGUGGAAAUUAGACGCAGUCCUAUUUAUUAGCUGUUUCCAGAUUCUUUAGCAUGUGGUUACUAAGAGACAAAGGCUCAUCACCCAAAGUGAGUUUAUUUUCAGUUAUUUCAUUGUGAAUUUUUUUUUUUUUUUAAAUCACAGCCAAUUUUCAGUACAUAAAAUGAACAGAGGCUUUUAAGAAGCCUGGGUAUGCAAAUUGAGGUCACAGACACCUGUCAGGGAAAAAAGGAGAAUAAUAUAUUGUUUAGACUUUUGGUUUUAACCAGUGCUACUGGAAAGUGGAAAAAGGUGCAAUAUUGAAGAUAAUCAGUAAUGGCUUUCUUCCUGAAAGGACUUUAUCAGACUAGCUGAGGCGUUUAAGGCAAAGAGGGGAAGAACAUUCCCACAAUCCCCUCCUGCUGUAACUGUCAAGUUGUAAAAAAGUGAUAAAAACUGAUAUCCCACGCAGCAUUGUAGCCGAUUUCAAUGUUGUUUGUCAUGAAUACUGAUCUUUCUCUCUAACCUCAGAACUGAGGCACUUUUGUGUAAUGGGAUCAGUCUGUCCGUCGUAAUAGAAAGAAAAAAGGACCUGGCAGAAAAAUGAGACUUAAUGUUGCACGUCUUUUUUACUUAAAAGUGAUUUGAGGUCAUUUUGUGAAGGAGUUUUUGUGUGAGUAUUUCAGUUUUUUGUAAGUUUACAGUCACAUACGCUCACAUGCAUCCAUUUCAGAUUCAUCCAUACAACUUCACAGGAUGCAGUGUUGAGUUGCUUCAGACAAAGACACUCGUCUGUGUCUAUCGUCCCCCGUCUGACCUCAGCUCUCUCUCCCAUCCCUGCAUUCGUCAUCAAUAUCACACUUAAAAACAAACUGUUUGAAAAGCAAAAGACAAUCUGUAGAAGAUGUAAUCACAUCACAGUUUACUCUCCCAGCUUUCAGAUUUUUUGGGUGUGUGUGUGUGUGGUCUGAAGGCACACAGAGUACUCAAACCAGAUCUAGAGCACAGUCUCACAACAGACACUUUUAAUGGUGAGUCACUCAGCACAAAAGCAGUGGUGUAUGUGUGUUUAUGGGGUGUUAUUUUUCACUUAAUUUCGGUUGAUGUAAGUGUUGGUGUUGACCGUAUGUUGAGAUUUUUCUGUUGAUAGUGUGUAAGUGGAGUGUCCCAGUUUGUACAUCAUGAAUCUGUGAAGUAUUCAAUAGGCUAAAACAUUCCAGACAAAGACAAUGACUCUUCAAGCAGCCGACAUGGCUUGCACCUUAAUGAUUUGUCAGAGUACUCAAAGUUUAGAGAGAUAUAUUUCUGUAUUUAUCACAGAUCUAUCAGUUUAUCAGUUUAUUGUACAUGCAUUCAUUCAACAUACAAAUCAUGUCGCUGUGAGGCCAGUUGGAGUUUUACAUUUUAUCAUCAUGUCAUGAUUGGACUGCAUCGCAUUUUCAGUGUAAAUUCUGUCAUCUAUUGCAAGUUUGGAAGCACUUUAUAGCUCAGGAUUAAGGUAACAUAACACAGUGAUAUGAGUGUCUUUACCUCAUUUGGAUUAUCAGCAUCAGCUCAACACACUUUGAGCUGAUCAUAACAAGGGACAGUUUGACAUGACUCACAAUCAGAAGCAGACCUUCCUCUGCUUUAAAACAAACAAAAAACAACAAAAAAACAAAAAAGAAACAGAGCAAACGGCCCCUCUUUUGGAAACCGUACAGGAGCUCCGUUUGUUGAACCCAGCAGCUUGCAUGGUCCAUCUGGGUUCAGAUAAUCAUAGAUGUUCGCGGGGCUCGAGUCCUCGCACAUGUCUUCCUCGUUUACUGUUUGUUACUGUAGCCAUAGCGGUCACACAGAUCCUCUACACUACUCGUCUUACUCAGUGAUGAUGCCAUGUACGUCGAUCUUGAACCAUUUCCACCCCCUGGCAUUCGUUUGCAGAUCUGUAAACUGUCUUAAGUCUAUGCUGAGCAACAUUUUAGGUGUGUGCUGGAGUUACUGUGAUCAACAACAACUAUUUGUUGUCAUGUUGUUGUUUUUUUCUUUUCUAUUAGCGCCCAAUGGAUUUUCUCUUUGUAUUGACUGGACAAUGUAAUCUAUUGGUGUUGAUUAAAAAUGCCCUGGUAGCUUGUGGAUUGCUAAAGUGGUCAGAUAUAUGUACUGUAUAGCUGUACAAAGAGUGAUAAAAGAUGUUUUAAAUUGUUCUUUUUUCUGUGGGUACAGCAAUGUUAAAAAAAAUCAAAGUGGUUUUAACCCUUGCCUGUUUUAACUUAUAAUUUUGGUGGUGGUCUUUAUUGAUUCUAUUGUUAUUUAUAUUAUUUCAGUUGUUGCCUCUCCUGCACUGGUAAGAGACUGUAGCUCUGUGCAGGGGGUUGUACUGUAUACCUGUGUGAAGCUUUGUAUUUCCCCUCUGGUUUUGGACUCAGUGAAAGUGUGAUGUUUACAUGUACAGUUUUUCAGAAGACAUUUUUUUUUUUUUUUUUUUUUAACAUUUUCUUUAGGCUAUUUUUCCUCACAUUUCCCCCCCUAAUCUGUGUACAUUAGCCCAGAUAUUUUCUUCUUUUCGUUGUUAUCAUUGCAUCAAAUGCAGACGUGACCUCUUUGAUGACUUGGUCACAUGGUCAGAGUGUGCCGUGACAACUGGUUGUGGUCAGCUGGGUGUUGUGGUGGCUUCCAGCAUUUUACAAGUUAAUCUUGAGUAAGAGGGAGCUUCACAACUUCUCAAAGUGGACCGGCAUAGAUUUCCUAAGGAUCAAGAUGUCUUUAAUCAACCGUCUUAGACUACUAUUGUGGCCUAGAAGAGGAGUGGUGGAGUAGAGUUACAUUUAUUAUUCUACAGUAAGUGCUCAGAAUCUUUUAAUAUCCCUGAAGGUACACUUUGACCUGUUGUAAUAUCUCCUCUGUAACAUAAAAGCCAUUCCCCUCUCCUGGCCUUUUAAGGGGAACCCAUAAACCUCAGGAAAUACUGAAUCUCCAAGUUUAGUUUUUAUCCACUGAUUUCUUCUGAAAUGAGAUUUAAGUCUCUAACGAAAACCAUUAACAUUUAUAUGAGAUGUCUAUUGUUUUGUACAUUUAUCAUUGUGACUUAAAAGUGGAGCUUUUUCCAGUACCUGUGACUUAAUAUUUUGAUUUUUUGGAGUGUUUAUAGGUAUGGAUAUUUAUUAUUAUAUGUGAAACUACAAAAAGACAAAAGAAAAGGUUGAACCUGUUUCGUUUGUAUGUUUCAUGCAAAACUGUCCAGGUGAGAUUCUCUCUGCCUCUUACAUAUCACUAAUGAGGGACCUGUGUUUGUUUGGAAAUAGCGCUUUUUCAGUGUUGCACCAAUGCUAUGAAUAAAAAAAAGAAAAAAAACAGUGGUUUACCAACAGCAGAGUUGCAAAGCUCUCCUCUUCUCCUGAGAUGUCAGUAAUUGAAUAAAACAGUGCGAUGAGCUAUCAAACUGA